AUGCCAGCUUCGGGAGCCAGCAUGUACCCCAUUAUUCUGGCUGAUAACAUCACGGUGGAUGCGGAUACCCGAGCAGUGCAAGUGUUGGUCAAGCCUUUGAAUGACGGAGAGUAUCGGAUCAAGUUGAUUGGUGAUGGAAAAGAAGGAUUGGUUUCACCCAGUACUGGAAACUCGAGCAGUGAUAACACUCCAGCACGUCCAUGCCUGAUGGAUGGAGACGCGAUUGGAGGGAUCUCUGGAUCAUUCCAUGUUGUUAAUCCACUGGUGUUGACUGCAUUUCCUGACCGGUUUGGACCAGUGUGGUCAAGUGCUGAUUUGACUGAAGGAUGGUUUGUUGGUCGUAUCUUGAAAAUUCAUGGCCAAGCCAAAGCUGCAGCGAUUAGCUCACAUAUCAACAAACUGGCUACUGGGAAACCUUUGAAUGCCAUGGUAAAUAAAUUCACUUUUUUCAAUAUUGUAAUCACUGGAUUUGCUUCAAAACAUUGUAUUUUUAUUCAAAAGUACCCACUAUUCGAGGUUAAUUUGGGAUAUACUGUGGUGUUUGAUAGGGAUGACCAUACUACCAGUAUGGCAGACUGA